AUGAGUCGGAAUGUCCGGGACCCGGUACCCUACGUUGUGCCACAAGAACGUACGAGCAGUCCAGAUCAGGUUGACACAUCGGUUCGAUGGUCAAUCCGCACUGGCUCGUUUCUGUCUCCAUUAAGGGCAUCCGCGCUGACAGAUAUAUCCAAUAUCCUUUUCGCGCAUUACUUGGCUGAAACGGGCAGCCUUCUGUCUGCCUUGCCGCCAGGCGGCAACAACCCGUUCUUGACAGUCCUCGUGCCGCUGUGCUGCAAUGAUGAUCUGCUCAUGCACUCGUUGUUGGCGCUCAGUGGCUCCCACAUGGGAUUCCAGAGCACUGGGAUUGAAGUAUACAUGGCCACGUGCCGACACUAUUCGAUUGCGAUUAGAACGCUUCGAAACUGUAUAUGCGAUUUUACAGCAAUGGAUGCGUCCCGAGCAAUGCGUAUCCUAUUGGCACUAAUGAUGCUCUCUGUUUUUGAGAGCCUGAUGGGAAAUACUCAAGGAGCAAUGUUCAGCCACCUCCGCGCAAGCCGCCAGCUCAUCCUCCAAUUAGCCAAUAGUCCACUGCAGUCCAGCACUAAUGACAACGGCCGCCUGUUCUCCUUUCUGUUGGAAAUCUACCGCUAUCUCGUGCUCAUCAAUAACAUCACCCCCUUUGGCGCUAUCGAAAGUCGAACCCUACCCCAGGACGAAUUCCUCGAUGACAUCGUAGACACCAUGGCCCAGUUUGAUACAUGUGGGGCCAUCUUUGGCGGUAGCCAUGGCCUGUUCAAGGUCCUGCCCUUCAUUGCGGUUCUCGCCGCCCGGCGUCUCACAGAGAAAGACCCUUCGCGGGCGAGCUCAGAGAUGUACCAAGCACUCCAUGUCCGAAUAACAGGAUGGGAAUCUACAGACCCCAUAGUCCCCGACCAAAAAUGGCAGCCCCAAAGAGAAGCAGCACUCGAGCUCUGCCGCGAAGCCGCCCUACUCUAUCUUGAGACUGCAAUGUUCCCCCGCUCAUUGAAUGACACCUUAACGCGGACCAAAAUCUUGGACCAUGUGGAUACUAUUAUGCUAUACGCAGAGCAAGUUUCUGAAUCCCCCUGCGAGACCAUUCUUUUGUGUCCAUUGAUGAUCGCCGGCUCCUGCAUGGGGCGGACGGACCACCGUAAGCGUCUCCAGGCUGGCCUGCGGUCCACCCGAUUCCGCAUGAAUCACUGCGUGCAAGCCGCUUCAUUACUUGAGUCGGUCUGGAACAGCCCCAGCGAGCACGUGUUCGGACCAUACGGUCUAGGCGUUGUCAUGCGGCAUCAUGGGAUCAAUCUAGGCGUUGUAUGA